AUGGCUCAAACCAGACUUUCCCAGAUCGCAUCACAGCUCUCUCCUGGCGGUGGACAAGGCAACAGGAGCCCCGACGGCGACGAACCAUCGUAUACAGUAUGCGAAAGGCCACUGGGGGCCCCUCGGCCAAUUCGCAUUGUCUGCAUCGGAGCCGGAGCCAGUGGGCUCAACCUGAUCCGCAGUGCUCGCCAAGGCCUCACGGAUUUCGAGAUUGUCGUGUAUGAGAAGAACACGAAAAUUGGAGGCACUUGGUUCGAGAACCGUUACCCAGGCUGCAAAUGUGACAUUACAUCACAUAACUACCAAUUUUCCUGGCACCCAAAUCCCGGGUGGACAAGCUUCUUCUCCCCUGCGCAGGAAAUUGAGGAGUAUCUGUGCACGGUUUGCAAGGAGGAACGCAUGGCCGACGCCAUCCACACAGACCACGAAGUUGUCUCUGCCGAAUGGGAGGAGUCGAGUGGCGUCUGGAAGGUGAGGGUUAGAGAUACGACUGGCAAAGCUGGGGAGUUCGAAGACCAUUGCCAGUUUCUCAUUGAUGCUCGUGGGAUUCUGAACCAUUGGAAGUGGCCCACUAUUCAAGGUCUACAUGACUUCCAAGGAACUCUCGUGCACAGUGCGAAUUGGCCCCGCGAGCUAGAUUAUACCGGCAAACGCGUUGCUGUGAUUGGCAAUGGCUCCUCUGGCAUCCAAAUAGUUCCUGCCAUGCAACCAACUGUUGAUCACCUUGUCCACUUCGUUCGAUCCCCAACCUGGAUUGCACCACCGCGUGUUGACACCCUGCGUAUGAGCAACGCCGCCAAAAUUCUUGAUCAGAUCGAGCUAGACGCCAACGAAAAGUUCACGCCGCGCCAGAUUGAAAAGUUUCGAUCCGACCCUGCUUUCUACAAAAGGUUUGUCAAAUCCGUCGAGGAGGAGGUAAACGGUAAUUUUCCUAUAACCUUGAAGGACAGCGAUACGGCUGCUUUUGCCACUGCCUCUCUCCGCAUGUACAUGGCCGACGCAUUAGGUGACGACGAAAGGCUAUGCAAGGCACUCAUUCCGGAGUUUCCCGUCGGCUGCCGCCGACUGACUCCGGGUACUGGAUAUCUCGAGUCUCUCAGGGCUCCCAAUGUUCGCCUGGUGACCGACGGUAUUUCUGGUGUUGUGCCACAGGGAAUUCAGACCACUGGGGGUGAGAUAAUUGAAUUGGACAUCAUCGUUUGUGCCACCGGCUUUGAUGUCUCUUUUUGUCCUCGUUUUCCCAUAGUCGGCCGCCAGGGCAACCUUCAAGAUAUCUGGUCGACUUGCCGUCCGCGGGCCUACAUGUCGUGUGCUGUACCAGGUCUUCCCAACUACUUCUGUUUCCUAGGACCUAAUGCCCCCAUUGGCCACGGAAGCGUGUUUACGGUGACAGAACACGUGGCCAAUUACAUCGUGAACGCGAUUCGAAAAUGCCAGACACAAGGUAUCAAGGCUCUCGCACCAACCCACGCAGCAAUGGAGGACUUCUACCAGCAUAUCGACAUUUUUAUGCCGCGGACUGCCUGGGCGGGGGGUUGUCGAUCUUGGUUCAAGAAUGGAGCAAUGGAUGGGCCCGUGACGGCCCUGCACCCUGGCAGUCGGAUCCACUUCUUUCACAUGCUGGAGCAGUUUCGUGGAGAAGAUUGGGAGUAUGUCUAUGAUAAUCCAUAUGGCAAUCGGUUCUCCUAUCUAGGAAAUGGAUUCUCCACCAAGGAGCAAGAUGGAAGUGAUUCCACGUGGUAUCUGAAUCACUGA